AUGGCUGACUACACCCAGUUUCACGCUCUGGGCCAUGGCGAGCAGUACGACCCCAACGACCCGAACAAGACGACCGCCCCGGCCGCGCACCAGUUUAUGCCUCCCGUCGCCCCGAACCCCUACCAGCAGCACCAACCGUAUGGAGCUCCCCCGUACCAAGGAGGGCCGCAGGCUCCCCCGAUGAGCGGCGGCCCGUCGCCUCCCGGAUUUCAGGGCGGCGCCGCCCCGCCUCAGCAGGACACGCUGGCCGCGCAGAUGGGCGGUAUGAGCCUCGCUGGCGGCGACACCCAGGGCACCGUUCGCAGGAAGAAGAAGGACCGCCACGCCUACCACACCGUUGAGCCCACGGGCUCGUCGCAGGCCUUCAAUGGCAUGCCGGCCGCCGGCGUCGGCGCCUCCCAAUUCCUCAACGCCGCCGGGAGCCCCUCCGUUCCCGCCUUUGGCAACCAGUUCGACAGCCAGGGCGUGCCUCACACGCAAUACGGCGCCCCGGCCCCAUCACCGCUCGGUGGCGGUCCGAUGAACCCCGGAAGUCCCGUCAAUCCCAUCGAUUCAGGCGACAAGGCCGCUUCUGUCCCAGCCUCUGGCAUGGGCCCGGUUUCCUCUGACGACCUCCCCAGUGUACCGGCCGCUCGCGAUGCCGUCCAGCAGUACUUCCUCAAGAACAUCUAUCCCACAUUUGAGAAGCAUGUUCCGCCGCCCGCCUCGGUUUCCUUCGUUGCCCACGACCAGGGCAACGCCUCGCCCAAGUAUGCUCGACUGACGAUGAACAAUGUGCCCGCCACUCCCGACGGCCUGCAAGCCACCGGCAUCCCCCUCGGUCUCCUCCUACAGCCCCUUGCUCCUCUGCAGGCUGGCGAAGCUGAAGUUCCUGUCCUCGACUUUGGCGAGGCCGGCCCUCCUCGCUGUCGCAGAUGCCGCGCUUACAUCAAUCCCUUCAUGAUGUUCCGAUCCGGCGGAAACAAGUUCGUCUGCAACCUCUGCACAUACCCCAACGACACUCCUCCCGAAUACUUUUGCGCCACGAGCCCCCAGGGCGUUCGAGUCGACCGGGACCAGCGCCCUGAGCUUCACCGUGGAACGGUCGAAUUUGUGGUUCCCAAGGAAUACUGGACGAGAGAGCCUGUCGGUCUGCGCUACCUCUUCCUCAUCGAUGUCACACAGGAGUCUUUCAACAAGGGCUUCCUAGAAAGCUUCUGCGAUGGAAUCCAAGCUGCGCUUUAUGGUGGCGAGAUUGGUGAAGAUGGCGAACCCAAGAGGCGGAUACCCGAAGGAGCCAAGGUCGGCUUCGUCACAUAUGACCAAGACAUUCACUUUUAUAACAUCAACCCCGGUCUCGACCAAGCGCAGAUGCUGAUUAUGCCCGACCUCGAGGAUCCGUUCCUGCCUCUGGGCGAGGGCCUGUUUGUCGACCCGUACGAGUGCAAGUCGACCAUCACCUCACUUCUCAACCGCCUUCCCGAGAUGUUCUCGACCGUCAAAAACCCCGAACCCGCCAUGCUUGCAGCCCUGAGUUCCGGCUUGGCUGCUCUCGAGGCUACGGGUGGCAAAGUCAUCUGCUCAUGUGCUGCCCUGCCCACGUGGGGUCCUGGGAGACUGUUUUUACGUGAUGAUGGCAGUCAUCCUGGCGGUGAAUCCGACAAGAAGCUCUAUACUACUGAGCACCCCGGCUGGAAAAAGGUGUCUGAAAAGAUGGCUGCCAGCGGCGUUGGCGUUGACUUCUUCCUGGCCGCUCCGUCUGGGGGAUACCUUGACAUUGGCACGAUAGGGCAUGUUGCCGCCACGACUGGUGGUGAAACAUUCUACUACCCCAACUUCAUUGCCCCUCGCGAUAGCCCCCGGCUGUCCACGGAAAUCGCCCAUGCCGUUACCCGCGAGACGGGUUUCCAGGCGCUCAUGAAGGUUCGAUGCUCAAACGGCCUGCAGAUUGCGGCCUACCACGGCAACUUUGUGCAGCACACCUUUGGUGCCGACCUUGAGAUUGGUGUGAUUGACGCCGACAAGGCACUGGGCGUGUCAUUCUCUUACGAUGGCAAGCUCGACGCCAAGCUUGACGCGCACUUCCAGUCGGCUCUUCUGUACACGACUGCUUCUGGGCAGCGCAGAGUGCGAUGCUCAAACAUCAUCGCUAGCGUCAGCGACACGUCCAAGGAGGCUGGUGUGCGUGAGCAAGGCAUCCGCGCAUGCAUGAAAUUUGUCGACCAAGAUGCUGUAAUCGCUUUGCUUGCGAAGGAGGCGAGCACCAAGCUCUCGACAACCUCUAGCAGCCUGAAAGAUACGCGUAACUGGUUGACGGAGCGAACCAUUGACAUUAUGUCGUGUUACCGCAAACACUCUGCCCAGCAAUAUCCUCCUGGGCAACUGGUCAUGCCGGAACGACUCAAGGAGUUCUGCAUGUACAUGCUUGGAUUGCUCAAGUGCAGAGCCUACAAGGGUGGGAUUGAGAACACUGACCGGAGAGUCUACGAGAUGCGCCUGGUCCGAUCCAUGGGCGCUCUCGAGCUCAGCCUGUACCUCUACCCCCGGAUGAUCCCCCUGCAUAACCUUCAGCCGGAGGAUGGAUUCGCUGAUGUGGAGACUGGCCACCUCAAAAUGCCGCCGUGCGUUCGCGCUUCGUUCUCGCGCGUAGAGCCGGGCGGCGUCUACCUGGUCGACAACGGACAGCAGUGCCUGAUUUGGUUCCACGCGCAGACGUCGCCGAACCUCAUUAGCGAUCUGUUUGGCGAGGGCAAGGAUACGCUCAAGAGCCUGGACGCGUACACGUCGUCGGUGCCGGUGUUGGACACACACCUGAACGCGCAGGUCCGCAACAUCGUCGAGUUCCUCAAGACGCAGCGCGGCUCCAAGGGCAUGACGAUCCAGUUGGCCAGGCAGGGCAUCGACGGGGCCGAGUUUGAGUUUGCGCGUCUCCUGGUCGAGGACCGCAACAACGAGGCGCAGAGCUACGUGGACUGGCUCGUGCACGUCCACAAGGGAGUCCAGCUCGAGUUGAGCGGCCAAAGAAAACGCGAGACCGAGGUGGAUGCUGCGGCGAACAGCUUGACCAACUUUGCGGGCCUUCGUCCGUCGUACUGGUAG